CAGGACGGACUGUUUACUUACCGUACUGCAACCUGACAGACGCGCCUGUAACACGCAUGCGCCACACAGUACAGCUACUAGUACGGUGCGUCAGAGAGGACACGUUUCAUGUUUGCUAUUCCGGGUCUUCUUCUACGUUGUUUUUAAAGCGUAAGUGUCGUCACACGGCCGUCGUUGCGCAUGCUAACCGUACGUUUCGGUUUUAAAUCGCGGAAGUGAGGCGCUGUGUUGUGUUUGGAGCAGAAAGGAGCGCAGAGGCGCUUUCUGAGCGAAGCCUUUCAUUAAAAGAAUCAAACCGCGCAGAGGACGCAGCGCAGAUGGAGGACGACGCUCCCGUCAUUUACGGGCUCGAGUUUCAGGCUCGAGCUCUGACGGCGCAGGCAGCUGAGACCGACGCUGUUCGCUUCCUCGUGGGCACGCAGUCACUCAAGUUUGACAACCAGAUCCACAUCAUUGACUUUGAUGAUGAGAAUAACAUCAUUAAUAAGAACGUCCUUCUGCACCAAGCUGGGGAGAUAUGGCACAUCGGCGCCAGUCCUGCAGAUAAGGCUGUGCUUACCACCUGCUAUAACAAAACCAGCGACAGCAGGGUGGUGUCCUGCGCGGCCGUGUGGCGGAUGCCCUCUGACUGGGAGACAGGAAACCACGAGUCACCUGACGAAUCCGCCCACAACCCCCAAACCCUGGAGCUGCUCUGUCACCUAGACGACAGCACCCACGGCAACGCUGCCUGCGUGCUGUGGGAGCCCAUGGGGGACGGCAAGCGCGUGAUUUCAUUGGCUGAUAACCAUGCGCUGCUCUGGGACCUGCAGGAGAGCUCCACACAGGCCGCGGUCUCCAGCACCGCCACCCUCGAGGGUAAAGGUCAGCUGAAGUUCACCUCCGGCAAGUGGAGCCCCCACCACAACUGCAGCCAGCUCGCCACAGCCAACGACACGGCCAUACGAGGCUGGGACCUCCGCACCAUGAGGGUUUGGAGCGUCCGCUACAACCACAGCCACGACCAGCUGGUGUUGACGGCGAGCAGCGACAGCCGCCUCAUCCUCUCCAACAUGGUGUCCAUCUCCUCGGAGCCGUUUGGACACCUGGUGGAUGACGAGGAGCUCAGCGAGGGGGAGGAGCUUCACCAGGAGGACAAGGGUAAGGAGCCGCUGAAAGACAGCGUGGUGUCCACCUACGAGGAGCACGAGGACAGCGUGUACGCAGCGGAGUGGUCGUCGGCCGACCCGUGGCUCUUUGCUUCGCUCAGUUAUGACGGACGGCUCGUCAUCAACAGAGUCCCGCGCGCCCUCAAAUACCGCAUCCUGCUCUGAGCGGGGUCGUGCUGCCUGUGUGUGUGUGUGUGUGUGUGUGUGUGUGUGUGUGUGUGUGUCUCUGUGUGUGACAGGCUGUGUUGAUGCUGACCACUGUAAAAACAUUUGUGUUGCUUGGAAGUAAAAACUGGCCGAUGGAUGAUGUUUGUGUUUGUGUGCUUCUUUAAUGUUGGCUGUGACGUCAG